CAGUCUGUAACUAACUACUCACUCGCUUAGACAGACAGAACUGUCCCCAGUGAUCCGCAUACAGGAUUAUCCAAUUACACACACUGCACACUCAUUCCUACGUAAGGCUAUAUUAAUUUGUGAACACCUAUCAAAUGAAACAUGCUGGAUAAACAGUAUGGACUGAUUGACUUACUAGCUUUUUCAUUGGACUUCACCUUCACAACGUAGUAAGAGUUCAUAAAGAGCUGUUUCAAAACUACCCAGUAGGUUGCUACCACCACCAUCAGAGAAGUAUGAUUUCUUGUCAUUUGCAGUGCACCGUGAGCAUUUUGAGCAACAUUUAGUGGGUCAUUUGUUUAACCCAUGCACAUGGCACGUGGAUCCAUUUGGGUUAUUGAUGCAUUUCCAGCAAAUCAAACAAAAUUUGUCAAAUUUCCGUUGAACUGAACAACGGUGAGUGGACAUCUUAGCAGCGUUUAAGACAGUGUUCAGCACCGCCAGCUUGUUGGGAAAUAAUUUAGGAUUAGUUCGGCCGCAUAAUCUCUUUAGAGAGUGUGCAAUCUCAGCAGACAGACCUGCCUGUCACUGCAUACAUCUACCUAUCACUUAACAGGAAGUGCAGCUUUCGCUUUCCAUAGACGAUGGAUGAUAGGCUCAGAUACACGAGCAACAGGUGCCGCUUGUGUGUUGCAGUGAAAUACUGUGCCUUUGGUUUUGGCUGUACAUGGAGCUGCCUAUACACACCCAAAUCGAAGUUAUACCAUGCAAAAUCUGCGGAGACAAAUCAUCUGGGAUCCACUACGGAGUCAUCACAUGUGAGGGAUGUAAGGGAUUCUUCAGAAGGAGUCAGCAGAACAAUGCGUCCUACUCCUGCCCCCGCCAGAGGAACUGCCUCAUCGACAGAACAAACCGCAACCGGUGCCAACACUGCCGCCUUCAGAAGUGUCUCGCCCUAGGAAUGUCCAGAGAUGCGGUUAAGUUUGGCCGCAUGUCCAAGAAACAACGUGACAGUCUGUAUGCAGAGGUCCAAAAGCACCAAGCACGACUACAGGAGCAGCGGCAGCAACAGACCGGAGAAGCAGAAGCUUUGGCACGUGUCUACUCAUCUAGCCUAACCAAUGGACUGUCAACCCUCAACCAUGAGAUUGGGGGCACUUAUGCCAACGGUCAUGUCAUCGACCUGCCCAAGGGUGCCCACAGCAAUGGCGCCGGACUUCCAGGGGGCUACUAUGGGAUGGAUUCCACCCAGCCGUCUCCAGACCAGUCGGGUUUGGACAUGUCAGGCAUGAAGCACAUUAAACAGGAGCCGGUGUACGACCUGACGCCGGUACCCAACCUGUUCAGCUACGGAGGCUACCAGGACAGUCAACUGGGACACAACAACGUCAGCAUGGGAGAACUAGACCGCAUCGCUCAGAAUAUCAUCAAGUCUCAUCUGGAAACAUGUCAGUACACCUCAGAGGAGCUGCAGCAGUUGGCCUGGCAGACGCACUCCUACGAGGAGGUCAAAAUGUAUCAGAGCAAGCCUCGGGACGUGUUGUGGCAGCAGUGCGCCAUUCAGAUCACACAUGCGAUCCAGUAUGUGGUAGAGUUCGCCAAGCGCAUCUCAGGGUUUAUGGAGCUGUGUCAAAAUGACCAAAUUCUCCUGCUCAAAUCAGGUUGUUUAGAGGUCGUCCUGGUGAGGAUGUGCAGGGCCUUCAACCCUCUCAACAACACUGUGCUCUUUGAGGGGAAGUAUGGAGGCAUGCAGAUGUUCAAAGCUCUGGGUUGUGAUGACUUAGUGAGCGCGGUGUUUGACUUUGCCAAGAGUUUGUGCUCACUGCAGCUGACGGAGGAGGAGAUCGCUCUCUUCUCGGCAGCUGUCCUCAUUUCCACAGAUCGUCCGUGGUUGAUGGAGCCCCGCAAAGUCCAAAAACUCCAGGAGAAGAUUUACUUUGCCCUGCAGCACAUUAUGCAGAAGAACCACAUGGACGAGGAUGCACUGGCGAAGCUGAUCAGUCGUAUCCCAACAUUGUCUGCUCUGUGUACGCUCCACACGGAGGAGCUCCAAGCCUUCCAGCAGCUUCAUCCAGAGACAGUCAACGUUCUCUUCCCUCCUCUCUAUAAAGAACUCUUCAAUCCCGACCCGAACUCCGCCAUGUCCAUGCCCAAGUGACUGCCUAUUGCACCAUUGCAACAAACAAUGUCAGUGGAGGAACGAGAGAAUAAAAGGACCACUAUGACUGACAAGACAACAUUGGCAAUAUCUACUAUGCCCUCAUUAUAUUUCACAGCUCCCCUCGUUUCAUUUGAGGCUGUGGAGGUGAGGGGUCACCUACCAGAAACGUACAGUUACCGCCAACAAUACUUGGAAUGUCCAGCACUUAUCCCAUCCUAUUCACCGAUACAGUCUGAAGAAUGUAUAUAGAAAUGAAACGCGCCCCGAGCCACAACCUUAGCGGGGACUUCUUCUUGUCUCCUGACCAGAAAUGUACAGACUUUAAAAAUCUAGGAACAAUUUAUGGUGUCAGUCUUAAAAUAUGGGUACGUCAAAUUUAUUUUGAAUUUGAAAAAGGAGGGAAACAAAACCAUUGUUGGUUUUAUUCUGAGAUGAAGAAAUAGUUUUCAAAUGCUGAAUGGGGGAGGGAACAGUGGAAUUAGAGAAGCUAUUGUAGAUAUUCUCCUAGUACAGAGCAGAUUCCAGUAUUACUUCUGUUAAAAUAAGUUAGUCCUAAUCUAAAUAUACAACAGUCGACAGUGGCUAAUUAUUCCUUGUCUACACUGUAAGUGUUUUUAUUUUAACUGAUAGUUUCUUGUGUACAGAAUUUGUAAAGUUAAGACUUGUAAAGGAAUAUUGGGUAAAACUGGGAGUCAGUUUUUGUUUGUUUAUAUAUAGAAGCCUUGUCUGGAUUUUGUUCAUAUGUAUAGAAGGAAUAGCACCCUUCUGAUGCAAACAUGUAGAGAUGUAAAGAAGAACAUAUGAAGGAUUAACAAACAAAACAAAAAAAACUAGCUACUUUUCGAGGUGAAGAUAUAUACGGGGAUAUUUUAUAUUGUUGCUGCAAUAACUAAAUCUGAAAAAGAUGGAUUGCUUUUGAACAAUCAUAGAGAAACAACCAAUCAGAAGGUCCAACUUCUUAGUCGAGAAAAUUCCCCAAACUGUGCCCCAUAUAUUCCUUGUAUGAAAGGAACUUGACUUCAGAGUGGUGGGAACUUUCACCACUGGAGAGCGAAAUGAGAAAAGAAACUUAAUCUCAAUUGAAGGUAACGUUGCAAUCUUCAAAGACCUGAAUUAUCCCGUCACUAUUUGCACAUCGCCUCCCUGGACAUCCUGGACCACUCCGGGCUGUGAAUAUGAAGGAACCCAGAGAGCAAUAACUUUUACACUGCCUUUUUUUUUUUUUUUUUUUUUUUUUUUUUUUUUAAAUCUUGAAGAUCCCCUUUCCCAUUUUCUGUUGUUCGGAACAGGGUAGCAAUUUUAACUCAAAUGCACUAUAUUAGAUGGUACUAAAUUCCAUCCCAGACUCUGUUUUUAGUGUUUUUAGCAAGACACAAUAUGAGCUGUGGUUAGGCUAGACACAGAUCGCUGGUUGCCAGACGUGAACAAAACUCACCCUAAAUACCAAUGAUCAGUUCUUAAAUGACAAUUUAUACAGAAAAAUGUGAUAGACAAUCACCUUGUUUGCUUUUUGUUAGCCAUGACAUUCAUUAGCACUUAUAAAUGAUCUCUUCUGUUUGAAUUGUUCUGCCUUAAUGUUGUUCCGAUUACAAUUUGGCCACUGAGUAACACGAAGCUGCGUGAGCUCAACAUUUCAUCUUUGAUUAGGAGCCUUGCAUGAAAACGAGGACUUGGCGUUUGUGCAGUUCUGCUUUGAGCCACUAGAUGCUCCGCAUGCAUUAUUCUCUUAACUGUAUGAGGUAUGACGAUUUGCUUUCCUGGAUACAAACAAUAAAAUAAUAAUGUUGCUUAUUAUUUAAAAAAAAAAAAAAAUCAAUUAAAAAAAAAAAAAAAAAAAAAAUUUUAAAAAUGGAGACUAAUAUUUGUAAAACUGGCCCAAGCACUUCAGUUUGAGAUCAACUACACGUAUUUCCAUGAGGAUGUGUUGCCGGCAUCCGAAUACCAAUGUUCCUUGCACAGUGGCCAAAUGUAAUGCUUGUCGUACGCGUGGGAAUAGUUACUUGUCGAAUUAGAUCAACUCGUACGUGGAUUUAAUUCAUUCAACCUCUCACCCCACAACCCAGAUGAGAGGCCGGUGACGCCAUACAAGACAAUCACUUGCUCGUAACAAGGCUUGAUGCACUACAUAGCAUCUCUCAGGGAGCAACUCUUUUCUGACUUUGCAUUAGAAGAGGGUUUCAUAUUUUUGCAAAUUGACAAACCAAUGUUUUGCAUUAUAAUAGAAGUACUUUUUUUGCAGCGUAUGCUAGCAAUGGAAUCUGCCCAGACAAGGCUUUGAUUAGUGUGCGCGUCUGUGUACGGGGCAUGAAUUCACUGUCCAAAUGUCGUUCAUGCCCAGAUUACGUGAUAAGCAUUGUGACGUGUAGCACAAGGAGAGAUAUUUGCUCCAUAUCAAUGUGCGUAUGCUCAUGUUUACUGCUUAUUUUUGUGCUGCUUUUGGGACCAAGUGGGAAGUUCACUGGUCAACUGUGAAUCAUGCAACAUCACAACAACGCUGGACAGUGAAUUCCAACUCUGACUCCGGAGUCUUUUGUGAGCUAUUUUUAUUUUCCCUUGUUAGACUGUGAAUCAGAGAGGUGGGAUGGGGUCGUGAGAGAUGUGCUGGCAAGAAUGAGUGGUAACAGAAACACUGUAACGAAGACACUGUAGCAAUAAGAACUGGAGGCAUUUACUACUGUCAUGUUUGCAUUGUAAGAUUAUUUUUUAUUUUAUUACUAUUUACUAUUAUUAUUGUUCUUAUUAUGUCUACUAUUCUUCUAUUACUAUUAGCCUAUUGUUGUUCUGUUCCAUUUGCAUGACGUUUCAUCGCAAUGAAACAUUUGGGGCAUAUUUGUGUUUUCUCACCAUAUUGUGGGGUUCUGGGAGGGAUUAUUGGCAGGGUGGGUUUAAGACGGGAUCCAGAAUUAACUCAGUUCGAAGUGAUUUUCCAACAAUCUGAAGGUCUUUGAAAUAAAAUAUUAUUAUUUAUACACAAGGAAUUUAAGAGAUACUGAUCAACUGGGUGAAAACGUUUUUGUUUUUUUCUUUUUCUAUAAACAUUUGAAUGUGUGAGUUGCUAUCACCAGUCAGUGAACGGCCCUUUCUGUACUGGCCUUAUAGAACCGGAUCAGAGACUCUUAUACAGUACCCGUGCUGUGGGGAGAGGGUAAACUUUUCUGAAUGUUAUGGAGUCGUUUGUUCAGUGUGAGGGACUGAACUCAAUACGCCUUUAGCACUCCAUCAACACAGACAAACACAUUUAAAAGCGCACAAUAAAACAGUCGACAUUCCACAUGAUGGCUCUGACAAACUGCAUGGACGUUUUAAUACACUUGUUUUUGAAAUACAUUUCCUGGACCUUGUCCGACACACUACAUCCAUAAACCCACCUACCUUUCUUGAAAAGAACCGAAGUGUAUGUGUGUGUGUGUGUGUGUGUGUGUGGGCGAGAGACAGAUACUGUGAGAAUGAGACAAUGUUUUGUCUACCGAUGCUUUGUAAGCUUUCUCAAUGCAUUCCUUAUGCGUGCAAUUCAAGUAGUGUUGAAAAUUGUUAACUUAUUGUUUAGAAUGUCUUUGAGUGCAAGCAAAAAGCAAAUAAAAGAAAAUGUAGCAAUCUGUGACCAAUACCUAAAAAAGGGUAUUUGGACUGACGGAACCUCUUUUACACAAGACUAACAAACAAAAUUUUAAAAUAAAUAAAAAAAUAAACAUUCUAUAUAUUAAAAAAAAAAACAGGAAAAAAACCUAAUCUUUUCUUUUGUUUUCAAAGUGCCAUAGCUUGUGAGAAGAGGAACGAGUGAAAGUGGGCUGCGGAUGCUUUAUUUUCUUGAGUUGACUUGAGAUAGCAAUCAUAAAAAGGGGAAACUCAAGGAAAUUGUGCAUUUGGUUACACUGGCAAACCAUUUUGAAAUUUGACGCUUUCUUCAGUUGGUCGUAUAGGACUCUGCAGGACUCUGAGCUCCGACUAUCAAUCCAUGAGCUCCUCUGUGCAAACACUUUCUUUUUCAAAUCAGAAUGCGUGUGCGUGUGUGCAUGUAUAAAUUUGCAUUUAAUUGCGUCGCAGACACCCACAUGUUACGGAAUAGAAUGGCUUGAAGUUCAGAGCUAUGCAGGGCCCUUUACUGAGUCCUCCUUUGAUAUGUGUACAUAUAACGUGAAGGUCUGAAGUGAUUUUUGUUAAAUUCUAUAUUUUAUCGCUUUUGUAGACAUUUUGUUGUGGGAAGAAAAAAAAAAAAAUACAAUAAAUUUUAUGGGUGAAAUUCUGCCUCAUUUUUCUGUCUCGCAC